UUUAGCGGAUGGUGGGGGUAAAUGCCGCGUCCUGAUGCAAGAGUUCCACUUAAUGUGAAACCCGCGGGGAAGGAAUGCCAUGACGGAUCGCCUCUCCGCGAGUGUGGGAUUCUGAGCCACGAGGGGCUUGGUGGUUGCGAACGACAGCGCUCUGGACGCCGGGUGGUUUGCCUCUGGCACGCACACUGUUCUUCGUGUGAGUCGUCUCAGCCGCUGAGACGGUGCUUCGGCCCAAGAUGGUCUAUAGCUGGUCCACCAUGGUGCCCCUGGUCUCCUUUCUCGCGGCGCUAAGGAUUUUGACUGAAGCUCAGAGUUGCAACAACGGUGUCGGGAAGCUAGUCUACGAGAAAAUAUCCGACUACAAGCUCAGCGCCGGCUUUGGUGGGGGACGGCAGCGCGUCGAACUGAUAACCCGCGCCGAGCAGCCGAUCAAAGUUCUGGAGGAGUGCGUCCGGCGCUGCCAGGAAGACCGGACGACGGCCGUGGCUCAGUGCCUGUCGUUCGACUUCAUGCCGGGACGCCGGAGACCGCCGACGCCCUCGCAGGCCUCGGGUUCGGCACCCGUGGAGUUCGAGGAGUCCGUGUGCUACCUCUACUACGAUAGGGCGUCGCCCGACGGGGGCGAGACGCUCGUGCGACAGAACAACGCCUGGCACUACAACGAAGUGUGCCUCUCAUCGAGCAAAGUAAUCACCGAGUGCUCGAGUCGACUGUACGUGUUCGACCGGAGCCCCGGCUACCGGAUGGACGGCGUCGGCGACAAGGAGGUGUACUCGUCGAACCGAACCGAGUGCGAGGACAAGUGCCUCUCAGAGGUGAGCCUGGUCUGCCGGUCGGCCACGUACGACCGCGCCGCGCAGCUGUGCCGGCUCAGCCCCGAGACCCGGUACAUGAACCCCAAGGGCUUCAAGCCGGACUCCAACGCCGAGUACAUGGAGAAUCUCUGCCUGCCCAGCUCCCAGCUGUGCACCACGACAGCGUUCAUCCUGGAGGCCGGCAAGGAGCUGGACGGGGCCUUCGAGCGCGAGGUGGUGUCCACGCGGGACCUGCAGGAGUGCUCCAAUUACUGCACGCGUAGCCUGUCGGACCGGGGCUACUUCUGCCGCUCGUUCCUGUUCGACGACAAGGCUCGCACCUGCACGCUCUACGACGAAGACCCGCUGGGCUACGGCGAAGGCAGCGAGGGCCACAAGCCGCUCAAGAGCAGCACGGGAGACCUCUACCGGGUGCUGUGCGGAAGCUCCGAGCGCGACGUGCUGCUCAACAACGCCACGUUCGAGUGCUACCGGCGCAAGCGGCUGGACGGCUCGCACCAGGUGGAGGUGAAGGCGUACUCGUUCCACGAGUGCCUGGACGAGUGCAUGCGACGCUACGGCCGAGACUGCCGCUCGGUCGAGUACUCGUCGCGCUACCAAAUGUGCCGGUUCAGCUCCUACGACGGCCAGCCCAGGCCAAACCUGAUCGACGACGACCACUACGACUUUUACGAGUUCAAGUGGUACCGGAGCGCCGGCCACGCCGGAGGCCACGGCUACGGACCAGGAAUCGCUGGAGGAGGCGGCGGAGGCGGCGGUGUAGCUGGAGGUGCCGUUCCCGGUUUCGGCACAGGUCCAGGAGGAGGCGGCGGCUACGGUCCUCCGGCCCCAUCACCUGGCUUCGGCGGCCACGUCGGUGGUCACAUCGGCGCCGGUGGUCCUGGCGGCUACCACCACGGCUGGCACGGCAUACACGCUACCCACCGGGGCUACCCAUCUCCGGGCGUAGCCAGUGGCGGUGGCUACGAACCACCCAGUUAUCCCCACGGCCGCUGGCCCGCGACCAGCUACCACCCGCUCCCGGGACGCGGUUCGUCUAUCGGAUCGGCGAGUGGUGGCUACGGGGCGUCUUCGGGAGGCUACGGUUCUGGAGUCUACUCGACGGGUAGCUACGGCGGCUACGGGAGUGGGUCAUGGAGUAGCGGCGGCAGUGGCUACGGGGGCAGUUCCGUCGCCGGAGGAGGAUUUUCGGGAGGCGGUUACGGGAGCGGCGGUUACGGCGCCAGUCCCUACGGUGGAGUGCCAGGCGGAUCUCCAGCAGGAGCUGGCGGGGUGGUGCCACCGAUACACGGAGGCGCGGGAACGUUUCCCGCCCACCCUCCGCCUCCCCCGCCUCCCCACGUGCCUCACCAACCGCUGCCUCCCGUGGCUGGAGCCGGAGGCCCGCCGCCGCCGCCGUUCGCGCCGCCGCUGCCGCCAGGUUUGGCGGAGAAGUGCAAGUUCUCCUCGGCCGUGUUCCGGCGUGUCGGCUACGGGACGAGGCUUAAGAGCUUCUACGUGAGGCGGGUGGUGCGCACCGAACGACUCGAAGAGUGCGAGCAGGCCUGCUCCGAGGCGCAAGACAUUCACUGCAAGUCCUUCAACUUCAGGGCGUUCUUCCCGGACAACUGUGAGCUGAGCGACUACGACUCCCGACAGCUACAGCUCAGCAACCCGGCGCACUUCGACCAGAGCACGCAGUUUGAUUACUACGAACGCGACGACCUCGGACACGGCCCUGGUGGCGCUGGAGGAGACUGUUUAGACGGCAACCAGACGUGCACGCCAGACGGGAUGGAGUUCACCCUGCGAACCGUGGACGGUUUCUACGGCCGCAUCUACACGUACGGUUUCUACGAUUCGUGCUUCUACGACGGAAACGGAGGAAGCGUCAACGUGCUGAGGAUAAGCCGGGCCAACGGGUUUCCACGCUGCGGCACCCAGCAGUAUGGCGACGUGAUGACAAACAUCGUCGUGGUUCAGUUCAACGACUACGUGCAAACAAGCAGGGACAAGAAGUACAAUCUCACGUGCUACUUCUCCGGACCCGGCGAGGCCGUCGUGACUUCCAAUUACCUGGACACUAGGACAGAUGGCCGGUACCCGACGCAGAUCGAGCACCUACCGGCGCAGAACAUCCUGACCUCGAACGUGCAGUUGCGUAUCCUGUACCGGGGCACUCCGACGACCACCAUCGCCGUAGGGGACUUGCUGACAUUCAGGCUAGAGGCAAGGGGAAAGUACCAAUUCGAUUUCUACAGCGACAUCUUUGCCACCAACGUGAUUGCCAAGGACCCCUACUCCGGAAGGCAGGUACACCUCAUCGACUCCAGAGGGUGUCCCGUCGACUUGUACGUGUUUCCCGAGCUCCACAAGGCUCCGGACGGUGCGCUGGAGGCCGAGUUCUACGCCUUCAAGAUACCGGAUUCAAACCUGCUCGUAUUCCAGGCGACAGUGAGGACGUGUCGCGGUCCUUGCGAGCCGGUGAUCUGUAGCGACCGCGGGCGGCCCGGCACGUUCCCGUCGUGGGGUCGCAGGAAGCGUGCCGUUCCCCAGCAGCAGCCCGACGCGCCGGACGCGGUCCCGCUGCCCAUCAUGAAGAUGAACGGCACCAAGUCGGCGGUGGCGGGAGCAGCCACGACUGACGGCGGAGGCAUCGUCGGCCAGCCACCCAAGCCGGCGAAGAACGCCACCAAGGCAACGAACUCGAGCGAAGAGGAAGCCGAGGAAGUGCACGAACUUCUGCACGUCUACCUCUCCCGUGCAGACAUUCCGCACGAGGGCCCGUCUGCACUGUACAAGAAGCCGACAGUAUGCGUCGCCCAGUCCGGCUACUACGCCCUGGUGGUGGUCCUUGCACUCCUCAUCUGCGCCCUCGUCGGGGUUGCUAUGGGAGCAACGUUCUACGUGCGAAGGGUCAAGCUGCAGGUGAAGAACGCCCAGGCGGGGCUGACCUCGCCCAGUCCCUGCAGCAUGUACGUGCCCCAGUUCCAACCCGCUCCUCCGGUCUCCAAGUUCGAGGACCCGAGCGAGCCAAUCUACACGGACCCUUCGCUGUUCGAGAGGUCCAGGUCUCUGCGAAGCCUGACCGUGUCGCACGUCGGCAAGAUGAAGGGCGACUUCGACUGAACGCCGAGGACGACGGCUAAGACAGUAUACAUAGACCGGUGUUUGAACGAACCGCGAUAACGCGACCAGCCUAAUCCGACGACCAAACCCGAGCGACGAAUCGACAAAGUCGAAAACGAACAAUGGGAGGGUUGUGUUUUCGGGAAACCGUUUGUCUCCAGUAACAAGCAACAUACCUAAGCAAUAGGAGCAACACGUACGCUAUGGGGACUGUAGUCGCCUUUUUGCUUUAUGGUUCGCCGACGUGCUUAUUUUUGUACAGAGUAAUAUAUACAAUAUAUGCACUUACACGUACGAAUGAGCGAGAUAAAUAAUCACGUAUCGAAGGUUGACAAUGAUUUUAUCUGCACAAGUUCGAUUUGCUAAUUUCGUGAUGUAUUGAAGAGAACACCCUUUUGAUUCUUUUGUUCUCAAG